AUGCUCUCCCAGAGCUUUGCCGUAAUCAAUGCUUUAGAAGAAGGCAAAUGUCCUUGGGAAAUGCUAGCUGGCCUCUUGAAUCGGGAUGUGGACGAAGUCAAGGCUCAGUUCCAGGCUCCAGAAGAAGAUAUCUGGAGACUGCUAUACAGACUUGCCUCUGCAGCCGAUGGGCUUCGCGCAAAGAAACCGCGUGAAUAUUAUACAGAUCUUGAUCGCAUCAUUGACUUGAUAGAUAAAUCACACAACAUAGUUAUAUUAUUAGGGGCGGGCGGUUCAGUAGGACCCGACUUCCGCUCUCCUGGUGGGUUGUAUGACUCAAUUGCCAAAGAUGGAGUCUUUGAUGACCCUUGCAAAGUCUUCGAUAAUCAGUAUUUCGAGGAAGAUCCUUCUAUCUUCUGGCGCUAUGCUCAUACAAUAUUCCCAUCUGCCAAUCCCCAACAUUCUGGCUCCCACAUCUUUAUAGAAAUGCUAGAACAAAAAGGAAAACUCCUUCGUGUCUAUUCCCAGAACGUAGAUACACUAGAAAAAGGCAUUCCAGAUGAAAAGCUUGUUUGUGUUCAUGGUUCCUGGCGCGAAUGCCGUUGCAUGCAAUGCGGAUUAGUUCAAUCCAUCGAAGAUCUCAGACCCAGCGUUGAACAGAGGGUUGUUCCGCAAUGCAAACAAUGUGGCGGCCCAAUCAAGCCCGGAAUCGUCUUCUUUGAACAACCAACCAAUUUGGACGAGAAACAAGCAUUUGCAGAUGCCGAACAAGCGGACCUUUUAAUUGUCAUAGGAACAUCAUUAAGAGUUGCACCAAUUUCUGAACUCCCAGACUUAAUGUCAAGUGUUCCUUCGAUUUUAAUCAAUCGUGCACCAGUUACAACGAACUUUAAUGCUCAGUUCCUCGGUGAAUGCGAUGAUAUUGUUCAAAUGCUUGAAUCAGAGCUCGGAUGGAUUGAAAACAAAAGAAUUUCUUCAAAAGAUUCUGUUUUCUUCCCUCCAAACAAUUUUGUUAUAGAGUCAAAUAGUGAAUUGGGAACAAGGAUCAUCGAAACAUCGAGAAACAAGUUCCUUGCUACUUCUUUCACAAUUGACGUAAGCGAUACAGAAUAA